ACAGUCACGUGACCUCCUGAUCACAUGACCUCCCGGAUAAACAGCACAGAAUGAGCACCAGUCAGUGAGUUGGCUUGUUUGAUCACUCGGCUCCAGUUUUGUUUAAUUUUAACUGUUCGGAGUGAAGAAGAAGAAGAAGAAGAAGAAGAAGAAGAAGAAACUUGGAGGACCAGAAUCAAACAUGGGAACCGGAAGUUGGACUUGUGCCGGGUUCUUCCUGCUCGGCGCGCUGCUGUCCGGGCGUCUCUGUGGCUGCAGCCCGGCUCAGCUUGACCCUCUGGUGUUUGAGGAGCAGCUGCUGUGGGUGAGCGGCGCUCAGGGUCAAGUGAACACCUACAGAAUCCCGCUCAUCACUUUUACUCCCCAAGGAAGCCUGCUGGCCAUCGCCGAGGGAAGGAAGUCGUCGUCCAGUGACAUAGGAGCAAAGUUUAUCGCAGUGAGGCGAUCCACUGACAAAGGAAACACCUGGUCUCCGACCUCCUUCAUAGUGGACGACGGCAGCUUUACGGAUGGCUUGAACCUGGGCUCCGUGGUUGUGGAUGAAGAGGUCGGUUCUGUGAUUCUGAUCUACAGCGUCUGCUUCCACCUGUACCACUGCAAGCCGGCUAGCACCAUGAUGGUGGAGAGCUGGGACGACGGCCUGAGCUGGAGCAAACCCAAAAACCUCUCGGUCCAGCUGGGAGUGAAGGCUUUCGCUCCUGGGCCGGGAUUCGGCAUCCAGAAGCGCCUUGAUCCUGCAAAGGGGCGGUUGGUGGUGUGUGGCCACGGGACGAUUGAGGGGGAUGGAGUGUUUUGCAUCCUGAGCGACGAUCAUGGAGAGACGUGGCGCAACGGAGCAGCCCUCAAGAGCAUCCCUUACAACCAACCGAAGAAAGCUCAGGACUUCAACCCUGAUGAGUGCCAGCCGGUUGAGUUGAUGGACGGCAGCAUCAUGAUCAACGUCCGGAACCAGAACAACUACCACUGCCGCUGCCGCAUCGUGGUGCGCAGUUUGGACGGAGGCCUGACUCUCCCUGUGGAAGAGGUCUUCUUCGACACCGCGUUGAUUGAUCCCGCAGUCGCGGCUGGAGCUCUGCAGAAAGACGGAGUGAUCUACUUCACCAACCCGUCCAGCGACAAAAUGAGAGUAAACCUGACGCUAAGAUGGUCGCUAACGAACGGAAAAACCUGGGAGAACAAAGCCGUCCAGAUCUGGCCGGGGCCGAGCGGCUACUCCUGCAUUACAUCUCUGAACGGUGACUCUGUAGAAGACCAGAAAUACAUCUUCGUCAUUUAUGAGAAGGGCCACAAGGAUAUCAUUGAGACCAUCUCGUUUGUGAAGAUACACCUGUACGGCGGCCGGUAGGACGAGCGGGCUGGAGAUGUAAACCUGAAAGGGAUAAAGGAUGCAAGAAGAUAGUACAAAAACUUUCUCAGGAAGAGAACAAGAGACUUUAUAAACACACUUAAAAAAUGGAUGUUGGAAAAAGGAGACCCUGCACUGUGAAUUUCCAGCUUCUUGAUCUGUUUUUCCUACUUUAUUAUUUUUAUAAAAAAUCUUGUUUUGCCAAAUAAUUGAUGAGCUUCAAUUUGUAUCUUAAUGGACAAUGCCUGGCUAAACAGGAGAUUCUUGGGGAAUACAAAUAAAAAAAUGAUUCAGCACUGUAAAAACACGAAGGCUUAUCAAGUAUUUUUGGUCCAGUUUCUACUGCAAGUAUCUUAGCACACUUGAAAUAAGGCAAAAGUAACUUACAAGUAACUUUUCAGCAAGAAAUAGGAGUUUGUUGAAGUGAAUAAUUUCUUAAUUUUGAUUAAAACUGCAAGUUCCACCGACAGAUUAUUUCAUUUAUAACAUGCAAAAAAUGUCUUGCUAUAAUUGAAAUAAUUUGCCAAUGGAAGUAGAAUUAUUUUUGUAAUCAAUAUUAAGGAAUUAUUUAAUUAAAACAAGCUUCUAUAACUUGUUGAAAAGUUACUUAUUAGUUAGUUUUGUUUUAUUUCAAGUGUACAAGGGUAUUUGCAGUAGAAAAUAGACCAAAAAUAUUUGUUAAGACUUUGUGUUUUUGUAGGGAUUUAUGCUUUUUUGUACCACAACAAAUAUGUGGUUUAUUUUUAAAUGUUUAAAGAUGCAUGGAAAAAUGUUAUCUUUCCUUCCACUUCAUGGAAAGAUUUUACAUGGGAGUUGCAGUUUGCCGAAACCGGCCAGCUCCUUGGAGAAGACAAAUCCGGCCCAAAGCAGCUUUUUUAUGUCCCUCACGGUUCCAGACUAAACGUAUAAUCUACUUAAAUAUUGUGUUUUCAAUCAAAUCAAUGCAGUUUUUAUCUGUUUACUACAAAUUAUAUCAAUCAGUCCUUCUGGUUUCUUGUGAAUUAUCACACAAAAUUAGCAAAUACCCACACUUUAUGCGCUUAUACAUAAUUGGGAGUUUAUUGCUGAUUUUUCUCAGAAAUUGUGAAAAACUUUCUUACUUGUACUAAACAGCUGCCUCAGCUUUAAUUGAUCUCAGGUUAUAGUCCAUGAUCUAUACAGCGAGGAAUGUGAUAUUCCAAAUUUAGCACCAUAACAUUUUGCUUUUUGCAAAAAAAAAUUACACAAACAAUUCCAAAAUUCUGGAGGGACUGAAAAUAUAUUCAAUAUUGCUUAAUUUUAAGAAUGUAUUAAUAUUUUUAGCAGUUUAACGAGUUUUAUCAAUACAUUCUGGAACAAACGGCCCUCUAAGCGCGCUUAUGAUCUUGAUUUGGCCCAAAAUGGGUAUUGUCACCCCUGAUCUAAAGGUACUAUCUUUGACAGCUUGGGAGGUUUGAUACAAAGAAAGAGGUUCCAUGUCAGCAGAAUGAGCAAAUAUGUGGGAACUAAUGUAAAAUAUGCAAAAAUCCAGAGUCUUCUGCAGAAAUCUGACAUUCAGAGUAAAAAACAACCUUUUUAUAACAUGACUGGAUUCUCUGCUAUGUAAAUUCAGGUUUUUAUGACGUUUAUGUGCUGUAAACUAGAGGACUUUAUAUAUUUUCCAGUGAUUUUGACUGCUAUGGGUUUGAAUUUCACAUGUUAGGAAAAAGCACAGAGAAUAACUGUGAAAUUAGAUCCCACUCCACUGUUUAAUCUUUCCACAGUUUCCAGCCACUCCUGUGAAAUCUUGUUUUUAACAUGAAACAAAAAUAAGCCUUUUAUUUUGGGAUUUCAUUUAACGUAACGGUCAGAUAACUGGUGGAGCUAACCUGUGAGGUAAUUACUUUCUUUAUGACUCAUUUGAGUUCAGAAAUUACGUAUUUUCUUCCCUCCUUAACUUCAUGCAUGACUUUAUUUUUUUGUUUUAUGUAAUUAUAUAAAGUGAUAUAAAUAGUCUUAGAGGAUUAUGCACUUGUAUAUUUUUGUAAUACCUCUUGUUGACUUUGAGUGAUUUAAAAACAGUUACAAUGAUGUUUUUUGUUGUAUUUGUGUGUGAAAUAGAUUAGUGAAUAUGACCUAAUUAUCAUAAAAUACUUUGACUUCAAUAAGAUUUUUCUAAAAUCUGGUCAAAUGACAAAAAACAUUAGUUUCUGUCAAAACAAAUUAAUUCUCAGAGGUGGUUUAUUUCUUUAUGUUUUUCAUCACAAGACACUUUAAAUCCAUCACUCUGUGCUGUUAGGAGACUGUUGCUUUUUGAACCUUGACCUUAAAACUUCCUAAAUACAACAUGUUAUUGUUUUGAGGGAAGGCUGUUCAAAUAAUGAAAUCAGUUUGCUGAUUAUGUGUUAUAUUUAAUUACAGAAGUUAUUCAACCUGCA